AUGAGGUUCAAUCAGGCUCUCGUCUAUGUCGUCGCCGUCUCAGGACCGCUCGCUUCUGCCACUCCCUUGGCAAUGGGCAAGGCCGGGUCUCAUCCAUCUGUCAGAAUGAACCCAGCGGCGGAUAAUCUUAUUACGGGCCGAGCCACAAGCUCCAUGGGUAAUAUCAUCGCGGCACGUUUCUUUGCCCGCGCUGAAGGUGAAGCCGGGCAGGCCAAUGAGGCGUGUGAAGAAAAUGCAAAGGUCUCUGAGGAGAAAGUAGAGGAGGCCAAGAAAAAGGCCGAAGAGGCUGAGAAGAAAGCACAAGAAAGUGAGGCAAAGGUCCAAGAGAAUGAGAAAAAGGCUACCGAGGCUGAAAAAGUUGUCGAAGAAGGAAAAAAGGUAGUCGAGGAGGACGAAAAGAAGGCCCAAGAAAGCAAGACCGAGGCCCAACUAGCAGAGAAGGAGGCUGAAGAGGCUGAGCAGAGAGUCAAGGAAGCUGAAGUAAAGGUUCAGGAGGCCGAGGCCAAGGUCAAGGAAAGCGAGCAAAUGGUCGAAGUUGCCAAGAAGAGAGCCGAAGAUGCCGAGAAACAGGCUGAGGAAUUCGAGAACAAGGCCAAAUUGGACGAGAGCAACGUCCAACAGUCUGAGAAGGUGGCUGAAGAUAUGAAGAAGGCUGUUGAAGAGGGUAACAAGGAGGUCGAGGAGGCUAAGACGGAAGCCGAGAAUGCGAAACGGGAGGCGGAGGAAGCUGAGAAGAAAGCUGAGGAGGAUAAGAAAAAAUGCGAAGAGGGAAAGGAAGCGCCUAAAGGGGGCGAGAAGGAGGAAUAA